GCUGUUCAACACUGACAAGCAGAAAGUUCUGCAAUAUUUCUUUCUGUCUGUCAGUGCGAGAAAAUUCUCAUUAAUCAUUAAUUUGUCAACGACACAGGUCGUAUUUUCGUUUCGGGGAAAAGUUUUAAAAUGUGUGACAAUAUAAAUAACGAGCUAAAUCAAGACAUGGACGAUAACCAAGAGGCACCCAAUCAUGCAAAUGAUUUGGCUGUUGAUUUUCCCAAUGAAGCAGAGUCUCUAUUAGACGAUCAAUCCAACUUUUCUGCUAUUGUGGACUAUUACUUGCUCAGUAAUAACGUACCCCAACCACCGAUUGGGAUGGACAUCACCUUGAACCACCAAAUUGAAACUGGAACACCCAUAACUUUUGCAUUUACUGGUGGUCACCAUGUCACGAUUACCACAGCAUCCAAUCAAGUAGACAUGGUUCUCAGCCCGCCUCAUGAUCCUGGCCGGGUUCAUGUGCAGAUCGAUUCGCCUGGCCCAAAUUCUCGUCUGACCAACAACAGUUCGAAUUCGAUGGCUUUCGUUGAACUCUGCUGCGGAAAAUGCCUUACUAAAAUUAACCAAUUAGAGCAUAUGCGUGCCACCACCUGCGGCCAUGUAUUCUGUGACAGUUGCCUGCAACAGGCUCUGAGCGAGAAGGCCAAUUGCCCCAAAUGCGAUAAGCCCGAGGUGUAUAAUAAUUCCAUACGUUUAUUUUGGUGUGGACAUUUUAAUCCUUGAAAUGCAGUUUCGCUUUCUUUGGACGUGAGGUGCAGAAGAAAAUGAGAAGUUGGAGAAAACUAAAUAAUAAAAAUCUUAGCACUGUCUCCUACAAGGUUUAUAAAAACUACAAUAAAUAAAUAAAUACAAUCAAAUGUA